GUAAAUUAUUAAACUUUUAACCAAUAUCAAUAUGAAUUACGAUAUGCGAGACUCUUCGAAUUUUUCUUCCUCUAGACAUUCAAGAGGAUCUAAACGGUAUCAAAAAGAUAUUGAAAUGGAGUCUGACAAUGGAGUAGAUUAUGAAGAGGCUGAAUUUUUAAAAGAAGACAACUUAGAUAACCAACCUUCUACCAACUCUCGCUUACUUGUUCGUAGUAUGAGUAAAUCUCUAAGAAAUCUGGAAGAAUGAGAAGAGAAAGGCAUAGAUUCAGAAGAUUUAGAAAAUGAACAAUAUUCUCAAACAAGAAGAUUAAUUAAUAGAGAAGAAAGUAAAGGGGGAGAUACAAAAUAUGAAGAGCUACACAUUGAUCCUGAGAAGCAGAAAAGGAAUAUUGAGCAAGUUGAAAUUUUUUCAAAUGUAAUCAGCAAAUUGAUAUUAAGGCUCAAUAAUUUCACCUCUAUAUAUGUUGAUACAAAGUUCUUCUAUGAGCAGUAUGAUACUGUCAUUAAGAUCAGGAAUGACCUAAAUGAAAAACUCAAGGAAAAAGAUUCUGAGUGAGAUAUAAGAACAGUCAGGAUAAACUCAAUUUUGACCACAAAAGAGACUGAAAUUCUCAAUCAUUUUGCAGAGUGAUUAGGUAUGGAUAUUAUAGACAAGCAGGGUUUAUCACAAGAGAUGAAGGAGAGAAUGAAAGAUUAUUUUAAACAGUUCCCUAACAUCGCUGUGCUUUUCAUUCUUGAAAAUGUAGAAUACUAUGUUGAAAACUCAAAGCAAUCUCUUUUAUAUAAAAUCUUGGACAUGCUGCAGUAUGCUAAGAUUAAGUUCGUCUUUAUUGCUACUUCUCAAAGAGUGAAUAUCAUCGAUAGUUUCGAGAAAAGAAUCUAAAGUAGAUUCUCACAUAGACAAGUCCUAUUUUAUAGUGAAGAUUUUGACACCUUUAAAGAGUGAAUCGAAGAUACAAUUCAAAGUAUUGGCGAAUAUGAUGAGAUAUCAGAGCAAGGAAGACAGUUUUAGGGGCUCUUUGCAUGAUUUUAUUAUGGAUUCAGAGUAUGGGUGUGCAAAAAUUUUCCAGAAGUUAUUUGAUAAAGGAAAGGAUUAUGAAUUUCUUUGUAGAACAC